AUGAACUCCUCACAAAAUACUCAAAUAUCAACUGUUCACUCGGGUCUCGCUCAUGGAAAUGGAGUCUCGCAGGUCACAGACCAACUCAAAGGACUGUCGAUAUCUGGUCAAUCAGCACAAUAUACAUCAGUAACAACUAAUUAAUUAGUUGCUGGGAACAAAGAGAACAAUAAAAAGACUCCUAACGACACUAUUACUAAUGCAAGUGGUCCAAAGAUGACUCUUAAGGCUAGAGAGUUUGGAAGAGAGAUUACCAAUGCUACAAGCUAAUCCUCCAACAGUGGAGCACUCACUGCUAAGCAAACUCACUAAACAAGUUAAAUUGUUUUGGAGAAUGCCUAUCAACCUAAUCCAUCUCCAUUUGGCACAAAUGUAUCUUAGAUCAGCGCUGGAAACGGAAGCUUCUCAUCUCACAUUCACGCUCAAAACAAGAGAUAAGACCACUCCUCCAAUCCUACUAGAAUUGUAAGUGAUUAAAGUUUUUCGCACAUUUUAACGUCAUUCUAGGCACCUAAUACCAGAUUUAGCUCUCAGAGAAACGUUAAUCAAAUCGGAGGUUAAAUCCCACAACAGAAAUCUAAUAAUCCUCCACCAAAUGCCUAACUCAAAAAGGCCAAAACUAAUGUCUCAGUUCCACUCGUCAAUAACAACUAAUCCACAGUUGAGUCUUCUGAGUCAAGCUAGAGCUCAUCUGGACCAUCAUCUCAAACCAAACCAAACAAGAAGGAUGAAGAGAUUGUUAUUAAGACUCAGGACAUCAGCCCAUCAAGAAAAGUUGAGACAGCUGAGCAAAUUAGAGAAAAAUGCAAAUAAAGAAUCGAUGAUUACAAGAAGGCUAUCAAGAAGACCAUGCCCUUAAGUGAUCAGUUAGAUAUGAGAGAUCCAUAAGCAAUCGCAGAAUUCGCCCAAGAAGUGUACCUUUCUAUGAUUGAGAAGGAACCAUAAUACUAUAUUGAUCAUGAGUACCUGAAGAAGGUAUAGAGCGAAGUAAAGGACACAUCAAGAGGAUUCUUGGUUGAGUGGAUUAUCGAUGUUCACAGAAAAUUCAGACUCAUGAGUGAAACCCUUUAUGUAACCAUAAGCAUCAUUGACAGAUAUCUCUCCAAGGUUUCGAUUAAGAAAGCCUAACUUCAUUUGCUUGGAGUUACGGCCCUGCUCAUUGCUACCAAGUAUGAAGAGAUAUAUCCACCCGAUCUUAAGGACUUAUUGAGUGUAUCUGAAAAUAAGUUCCAAAGAGAAGAAGUCCUUAAAAUGGAAAAUCAUGUACUCAGUACUCUUGAAUUCAACUUUUUCGCACCAUCAUCUUUGAGAUUCCUUCAAAGAUACAGAAAAAUCUCGAACACAGCCUCAGAUGAUCAAAUCUUCUUCUUUGCUCAAUAUCUUGCUGAGAUCGCACUACUUGAUUCAUUCUUAUUAAAACACCCAUGCUCUUAACUAGCAGCUGCAGCAUUCAUUCUAAGUGCAAAGAGCAUAAAGAAAAUCAACGCCUGGAACGCUGAAAUGGAAAAGGUGACUGGCAUCAAGGAAAAGGAUAUCAAAGAAGCAAUUGAUGACUUAAGAUAAUUUGCCCUAGAAGUCAAUCCUAAGUUCCUCUCAACAUUAAAAUACAAAUUCCAAAAGAACGAGUAUCUUGGAGUAGCCUCUAUCCCAUUUGCUUUCUGA